AUGCCACCCGCCUCUCGCGAUACACACGAACAGUACCGCAGUCGCACGGACAAAGGCAAAGGCAAAGACAAAGCAAAGACAAAGACGAAAGCAAAGACGAAAGCAAAGACAAAGACAAGGACGAAGACAAAGGCAAAGGCAAAGACUAAGGCAAAUACAAAGUUAAAGACAAAGACAAAGGCUAAGGCAAAGACAACGGCAAAGACAAAGGCAAAGACGAAGGCAAAGACAAAGGCAAAUGCAAAGACAAAAACAAAGACAAAAACAAAGACAAAGGCAAAGGAAAAGCCAAAGGCAAAGACAAAAACAAAGACAAAGGCAAAAGAAAAGGUAAAAGCAAAGACAAAGACGCAGACAAAGACAACGACAAAGAGAAAGACAAAGGCAAAGACUAAGGCAAAAUCAAAAGGCAAAGACAAAGACAAAAACAAAGACAAAGACAAAAGCAAAGACAAAGGCAAAGGAAAAGACAAAGACAAAGGCAAAAGAAAAGAAAAAGGCAAAGACAAAAUCAAAGGCAAAGGCAAAGACAAAGGCAAAGACGAAGGCAAAGACUAA